AUGGCAACUCAAUCAGUCAAGCCAACAGGCAAAGUCGAAUUAAGCGAAAAACAGAUCGAUGCUCUUAAAAAAAGAUCACGUCUCAGCGAAGCAGAAAUUCGAGAAACGUUCGAAGAGUUUCGUGCAAAUGCACCUAGAGGUCAACUUACGAAGGAAGAAUUCAUCAAACUAUGGAACGAAACAUCACCUAAAAUUGAUCAUUCUGAAAGUGUUCAUAUGGCCGAACGAGUCUUCGAACUUUGCGAUCGAGACCAUUCAGGAAAAGUUGAUUUUAAUGAAUUUCUGAUGACUGCUUGUUUGACGACACCUGGUACACCGACGCAAAAAAUUGCACCGUUGUUUAUUCUAUGUGAUUUCAAUCGCGAUGGUUUUCUUCAACGAGCUGAGAUUGAAAAAAUUUAUCUUCUAGCUAAAUCAACUCGUACAUCAGUCGAUCAGAAGGAAUUUGAAGCAUUCAAGACUCACUUAGAUUCAGUCUUUGCAAAAUUUGAUACGAACAAAGACGGAAAAAUUUCUCACAAGGAAUUUCGUGAUCUUUGUACCCAUGACGAAGUUUUCCAAAAGAUGUUAGGUUAA